GUUCUUUGAGGAGACCGCGAUGCGAGGAUUCACCAAACGAUAUCCGGAGGAUGAGGCGUCAAUGAGAGGAUCAUGGUUGUGGAUGUUAGCCUAUAGUCCGCUGCUUCAUGACAGAUAGCUUGCUAGCUCAGCUGGCGUCUGGUCACCUGACCAGGAAGUGAAUGCAGACAACAGCUGGAAGGAGGCAGAUGUUACAGUAUGUUAUUAUAUCAUUAUUACGUUAUAUUUUCCUAGCUGAGCUGCGUUAGAUGUAUAGAACAACACAACGAAACAUGCUUCGACAGAGUGAACCAAAUUUUAACAGAAUGAAAAGUUACGGACAGGUCAACCCAUGAGUAAGAGCAGGGCAACCAGGUACCCAGUCGGGAUUUGAAACUGAAACCAGGAAAACGGUCUGAGAAGCACUAACCUAUGCACACCCCACUUUGAGGUCUCGAGCGCGCCUCUUUUCGUCUCACCUGUAGGUGGCAGCAGUGCAACCAUUAAGAGUCUGUUACAAAGAAGAAGAAAGCCUACCCGGAAAAAUCAAAGCAACUAUUUCGUGUAGCAUGUCGCCAUACCUUGAGGACAUUUUCAACCUUCUUGGGCAUUAAGUUGUGAAAUAAAUCUGGUGGUCUUGACAUGCAGUCCAUCAAUGAACCUCGCCCACUUUUCGGAGGCGCGUUCUCGGCCGUUAUCCCUCAAAGCGCCGCGGACGUCAGCAAGCUCCGAGAGAUUCCGGACAACCAGGAGGUGUUCGUCCACGCUCACACCGACCAGAGCCUGAUCGUGGAGCUGCUGGAGUACCAAGCCCACGUAGAGGACCAGGAGGCAGCCCGGUACCACUUUGAGGACAUCGCGGGCAGCAAUGCCGCCUCACACCCUGAAGCACAGGAGGUGACGAGUGUGGUCCCCUUACACAAACCCGAGCUCUCCCUGUCGGCGUGCAGCUGCGCAUGGGUGCUCACUGGUACCCAAUGUGUGUCCAAGUUUAACGAAGAAGCGAGGAAUAUGGUGAGGAUCCACCUGGCUGUGUUCCGUCUUCCACAGUUCGACACAGAAGUUCUGGUGACGUUCAACGACCCGCAGAGGAUCAACCCCGGUAGCAGCAGUGCAGCGGCGGGUGUCUCUGGUGGACAACCGUGGACUGUGGAAGACUUCCAGCACCUGCUACGGUCGUUGACUCUGCACAACCCGGAACUGUUCGGAUAGAACUUGCAGGUGGCCCUCCGUUCGAAUCCUCCAAUUCUUCAUCAACCAAAAGAUCAUGCCAGGGGCCAAUAAAAAAACACCUGUGGGCCACACUUUGGACACCCUCAUUAUAAGGUCUACUUGUGUCUUCUCCCUACACCAUCUGUCCAUCCAUGCAGCCUGAACAAUCAUUAUCUUCCCUGGCCAACUCAAGGCCGCAAUCUGCUGCUCUCAUCAUCGGUGUGUAUGAUUUAUGCUCCAUGGUGGAAGCUAAACUCUCACAUGGUUUCAUCUUAGGUCAGUGCAUAUUUUCACCACUGCAUGAUAUAAGUAUAACAGACAUGUUAAAAAAAGCAGUAAAGAGAUAUUUAUUAUGAGGAAAUAACAAUUGCUCACUUGCAGUAGAUUCUUAACAUUGUAUGACCAAACAUGACAACUCAAUUGUCUGUCUUCUUCCUCUUGCCGUUUGGCAAGAAGUGCUCCGACAUGGCCGCUAGCGCCCGGUAUCGAUGAGAAAUUGAGUUUUUUACUUCUUUGGGAAGCUCUGCGUACCUGGAAACAAGGAAGACGAUGCAAAUGUUAGAAUACACGUCAACAAACUUGCGAUUUUUUUAUCGUGUGUUUUUACAACACUUUAAAGCAGGAACCAGGCUCCCUCAAACCAAUACCUGGCAACAAUGUAUUGUGUUGUAAAAAAAUGGUGAUGACUUUCUUGUAAAUGACAAGGCUGUUGGCCUGUAGCACUAUGUGGGAAAUUGCAGCAGAAUAGAUUUGAUGGGACAAGUAAACGAGCUGUGGGUUAAAUGCUCAGUGUAAAAACAAGACAGUUGGGGCCAGGACGGUCCAGCACAGGACAAUAGCCUAGUGUGACUGUGCCCUCAAUCUCUGGGUCCCCCCUGUGGUGGGUAGCAACAAAGCACAAGCACAACCUACGUUUUAUCAUAGCCUUCUGGCUGGAAACAGGGAUCCCAUCCAAAGUCUCUGGGUCCCCUUGGUUUCACAAUGUGGCCCUAAAGAGACAAAUCAUAUUAGAUUAAGACAAAACGGCAAGAUUUGAGAGGGACUGUCGAAAGAAAAUGUCGACCUGUGUUAUUCCUCUGAAGAGCUCCACCUCUUGGUCUUUUCCGGGUGUGAAUGCAAAGGUGCAGAGGGCCCAUGCUGACUUAUCCUCAAAUCCAUCAAGCAGUUUGUACAAGCCUUUGAAUGGAACAUAGGACAAGAUAUUGGUGCUGCGACUUUAAUAUGUGACAAAAACAUCAUGAUUCGGUUUCUAAUGCUUACCCUCUGGCUUGAGUUUAUCCAGGAACCACUUUCUACAAAACAAAGAAUUUAGUUAUUUUAAGCUUUAACGUCUAGAAAAAUAGUUUUAUAACCAACAUGUAAGGGCCAGGCAAGCCUUCCAGUGCCUUGAAACACAGACAGGUGUCCUCCACUAUGACUGGGCCAUCAAUCUGUACACAGACAUACGAUGACCAUUUCAGACCAAUUAUAUGUGCAGUUUUGGGUCUUUAAAACUUUUUUUGAUGUAAGUGAUGUAAAUGAAGUGAAUGUACCUGUCGUGCAGCCUCCUUGCACUUCUGUAUGGAAAUGUCAUCUGGCUCCCCUUGGUAUUCUGGCACUAGCAGAAAAUUACAUCAAAAUACUCUUAAUUGCGUGUUGAAUAGAAUGUUUAAUCGUUUAUUGAGAGUGUUAUUACCUCAAUACAUCUUACUUACAGUCAAUUUUCUUUGAUAUAAGUUUGUAGGGGAACGUGUCGCCCAGAAUCUGAAUCACCUGUGGGACCAAAACGAAAUCGGCAAUCGAUUAACAUGGCUUGGGAGAAUUCCUGGUUAUUUUUGGUCGUAUCUAUCGACCGAUUUAAACAAUCGAUAAAUUAAAAUUUCCACACACUCGGAAAGAAAACUACAUUACGCGUUACUGGAGUUUUGCUGUACCUCCUCGAGUUUUUUCGCGUUUCCAGUUACAAAUACGACAGACCGUCCCGCCGGCACCGCCAUGUUGGAUCGUCUUCUUCGCUUUUUUCUUUCUUCGUCUUUAGUGUAUAAGCGGCAGUCCGUUUAAAGCAACAGUAUUUGCCCUAAAGUGUGCAUGACAA